CACCCGUACUGCGUACUGUGUGCAUUUGCAAAGUUGCAAUAAGCAGCAAAAUUGAAGUAAAGGGGAAAAAAUGGCAGAGAGAGCUUCAAAUUCAACUUCUUUCGUCAAUGGUGAAACGCCAACUAUAACGCCCAACAGAAAAAUUACACUGAGGAUAAAAUCAUCGCAAAAUUCAACAAGAAAACUUAGGGAUGAAGAAGAUAAUGCAAAAGAAUUAAGACCCAGUUCAUCAAAGAGGUCAAAAUCGUCUUCAAAGAAGAAGAAAAUUGAUCCCAAUAAACCCAAGAAGCCACCCACUGCGUUUUUCUUCUUCUUGGAAGACUUCCGAAGAGGAUAUCAGGUUGAGAAUCCAGAGAUCAAAUCCAUGCGUGAUAUUGGAAAAGCUUGUGGAGAGAAAUGGAAGAUUAUGACAUACGAGGAAAAAGUGAAGUACUAUGAUAUAGCAACUGAAAAACGAGCUGAGUUUGACAGGGCAAUGGCAGAAUACAUCAGAAGAAAGGAGAGUGGUGAGUUUGCAGAGUCUGAGGAAUCAGAGUUCGAUCUUGAAUAGACAAUCAUAGAAGUGAAAAGUCAGAUGAUAGGAACAGGGUCUGUAAGGGGAUGUUGGAAUAUCAGGUGAGGUUGGUAGGCUAGGAAGAAAAAUUGUAUAUUGACUUGUUACCAGUUAGUGAAGAUGUGUUUAUUAGACAUGUAGAUGAUUAAUUAGUUGAUUUUGUAUUCAAUUAGAACAAAUGAUGUGACGAUGUUCCACUCAGGGCCGUUUUGUAGCUGUGACAUGUCAUUGAUGAUUUUGCUUAUUUUGUUCAAUGGAGGGUUUUAAGUCUUAAA